UAGUUUCCUCACGGAUUAUUUUUGUUGAUGCGCUCCGACACUUAACGCUGUAAUGAACAGUAGUGUGACGAUUUUUAACGGUAAAUGUCCGUGUUGCCUAGGUAUAUCAGUCAAGAGUAGCUGCCACUGAUUCAUUUGAAGUCUGAAAAACCACUACAGCUAAAAUGUCUGACUGGUGUCCGAUAGCGAAAGACUACAACCCCCUGAAAGCUGGCAGCAUCGACGGGACAGAUGUGGAGCCCCAUGACCGGGCGGUAUGGAGGGCCAUGUCUGCCCGCUACAAGCCCAACAAGGGCGUCGUUGGCGACCCGCUGCUCACAUUGUUUGUGGCCCGCUUGAAUCCCCAGACAACUGAAGACAAGCUGCAGAUAGUGUUCUCAAAAUAUGGGGACAUACGACGGCUCCGUCUUGUUCGGGACAUCGUUACGGGUUUCUCCAAAGGAUACGCCUUUAUAGAGUACAAGGAGGAGCGGUCCGUGAGUCGGGCCCGUCGGGACGCCGACAAGCUGGUGGUGGACCAGCACGAAGUGUUCGUGGACUUCGAGCAGGAGAGGACCCUCAGAGGAUGGGUGCCGCGUCGGCUCGGGGGCGGGUUGGGCGGCAAAAAGGAGUCCGGACAGCUGCGUUUCGGCGGCAGGGACAGACCCUUCCGCAAACCGAUAAACCUCGGUCCCGGGGCCACGCAGGAGCGAGGACUGGGGGAAAGAGACCGAGGAGAGCCGAGAGUCAGAGGGGACAGACGCCGGUACGGAGAGAGCGACUGGGGCAGCAGAGACAGGAGAGAUUACCGGGAGAGAGAGAGAGACAGGGGUGAUCGCAGACACAGAGACUGGAGAUGAUCAUGAUGUUUAAAGGCAUUUUCGACUGUAAAGAACAGACAUUUCAACUGAUUUUGGAUUGCUUUAUCUGAUGUGCAAUAAUUUCCAUUCUCCCUUUUAAAAACAUUGUUUUUUGUUAAAAAUACUUAUUGAGCUCUUCAAACUCAAUAGGAGUCCAAUUAUAUUUAGGCUAUAAUUGCACCUUCUACAUUACAUCAAAGUUGUCCACAUGCAACGAAGUAAAAGUUUCUUUUUCAAUUCUGCAAAUCAGAAUCAAUUUGUUUUUCCAUUCCUGUUUCAAGGAGACAAAGUUUAUUUCAAUUCUUAUAUUUGCCAGUUUGCUAACGUUGACUCAUAGGUUUAGAUUUUUGCUAACGAGGAUUGUAAAGUGUCCUAAACCAUGAGAGAGUAUAAAGCCCCUCCCAGAGAUCCAAAUAAAACAAAAACAAGGAAACAAAAAAUGUUUAUUUGUAUUUUUCACCCCCUGAGCAAUCACAGCUACAGAUUAUUUGUGAUUAUGUCUCUACCAGGUUUGCAGAUCCAGAAUUUAAAGUUCUGUCAUAUUGUAUGGAGAGGGUCUGUGAACAACAUAAGGGGGGAGAUGACUGUUUGAUCUGGAACAAGAGUGUAUUGUUACAAUUUCAUGACCUUGAUGAUUGGUUAAAGUGCAAAAUUAUUAUUAAAAGAAAACCAAAGUUUUGA